AUUGCGUAUUUUUGCAACAGAUGGCAUUAGUUCAGUUUUGGCAGUACUAGAGUCAUUCACAUAUAUGUUUGUCAUAUAUCGUUUAACAGCUGACGGUUUAAGCUUCAUUCUAAAAAAAAAUUGAGCGAUUUGGUUGAGUUUUGGAGAUUUUACAACAAGUUGAAGAUGGAAGACCAAACUGUGCAUUUUCGACAUAUUUUACUGUUUUACUUCCGUAAAGGGAAGAACGCGCGUCAAGCUUGUGAAAAAUUGCGUAAAGUUUACGGUGACGAUGCUCUACAAGAACGUCAGUGCCAAAACUGGUUCAAGAAAUUCCGCGCUGGUGAUUUUGAUCUCAAAGAUGCUCCUCGGUCAGGAAGGCCCACCGAGGUUGAUGACGACAAAAUAAAGGCAUUGAUCAAGUCAAACCCACGUUACACGACACGAGAGAUUGCAGAAACAUUGAAGAUCAGUCAAAAAAGUGUUCACGUCCACCUAAAGAAGCUGGGAUACGUAAGCAAGCUCGAUAUUUGGAUUCCUCAUGAACUCAAAGAAGUUCAUUUGACGGCGCGUAUAAACAUCUGCGAUAUGCUCAUGAAACGUGAAGAAACCGAUCCUUUUUUGAAACAAAUGAUAACUGGUGAUGUGUGGAUUGUUUACAACAAUGUGGAACGCAAACGGUCUUGGUCCCGGCGUGAUGAUUCGCCUCAAAUGACUUCAAAAGCAGAACUUCAUCAGAGGGAGGUUAUGCUCUCAGUGUGGUGGGAUUGUUAGGGUGUGGUGUUUUUUGAGUUCCUACCAAGGAACCGAACAAUCAAUUCGGAUGUGUACUGUCGGCAAUUGGACAGUUUGAACGAAUCUGUCAUCCAGAAACGUCCGGAGCUCGUCAAUCGUAAAGGAGUUGUGUUCCAUCACGACAACGCGAGACCACAUACAUCUUUGGCGACCCGUCAAAAAUUAUUGGAGCUUGGAUGGGAUGUGUUGCCCCACCCAGCAUACUCGCCUGACCUUGCGCCGUCAGACUUCCACUUGUUUCGCUCUCUUCAAAACUCCUUGCGUGGAAUAACGUUAAAUUCAGAUGAGGCGGUAAAUCAGCACCUUGUUCAGUUCUUCGCCAAUAAAGACAGGUCCUUCUACGAACGGGGAAUUAUGAAGCUCACCGAAAGAUGGCAAAAGGUCAUCGAACAAAACGGAAAAUAUAUCAUUGAUUGAUCUUUGUUCUUUAUAUAAAUAAAUGAAUUUGAAAAACAUACAAAAAAUACGCAAUGACUUUUUACUCAACCCAAUAUGUGAACUUGGCACCCCAUUUUUAAUAAAUUAAGUUUUCAAUACAGAAAAUUAUAGUAUUUUGUUUAUAAUUGUUUAUAGUAACAGUAAUUUCGUUUGUGUUCAACAUAACACAUUGAAAUCUUUUUAUUAUAUAAUUUUUCUUAUUUUUUUAUAAUUUUAAGAUAUAUACCAAUACAUAAGAAGAAUCCAAUUUUAAUAUAGGCCACUUGACAAAUAUAUCGUUAAUAUUUUUAUAUAUUUUACUAGCGCAAUCCUCAACGCGUAAUAUAUAUGAUGCAUCCCAUUUUUGAUUAACUUCUUCCUGUGGUUUCUGAUUAUGGAUUAGCCAAAUUCUAUUUUGUUCUGCAAUUUGUAGGUCGUCAGCUGAGAAGCAUAAAAAAAGUAAGCAUUUAUUGGACUAGUUUUAUAUUUUUCAAAAUUUCCAUUAUUAAUCUUAAUACAAAAUAUUAAUACCUUGGCUUACAAUGGCAACAUUUUGUUCAAUGUGAUUAUUAUUUUUCAGUUUUUCAGCAGAACGGAUAAAUUUUAAUGAAUUACAAUAUUUAUCGACUAAUUUUCCUCUUGAGAUACCAGAUUUAUCAUUUCUCGAAUAUUUUUUUCGUAUAAGUGGCAUAUAAUAAGUUUCUUUACAUUCUUUUGGAAAUAACUCGAUUAUUUCUUCUGUAAUUUUGGCAAAAUCUUCGUUUCGGAGUGUUCUUUACAAGAAUAAAAUUUAACACGUUAAAUAUCGAUAUAG